GAUAUUUCACAAGUGUCUUUUAGCAGCCCUUCUAGUCAAGAGACAUGGGCCAGCAAAGUGAAACAACCUCCAAAAGCUAGGAUCCCUCCAGCUACCGUCAUGAAACCUGUAUGUUAUUCACCUAGUAUUGCUAUGGAUUCAAUAUCACAGGGCUUUAACAAGAUGUUACCAUCACCUAAUUUGGAUUCUGAAUCAGAGGCUGAGGAAGUGGUUGCAAAGAGAAAGAGAAGGAAAAAGAAGAAAAAUAAACAGAGGCCAAACAAUGAAUGCCCUGAAAAUGUAAAGUCUGAAAAUGAGAACAUUGUUAUACAGGAACCCCCAAAAUUUCAAGAUGAUGAGGAAUUCCCUGACUUGGUGUCUUCUACUGGUGUUGCUGAAAGAGGUUUAAGACCUGAAAAUAGAAGUUAUUCUAGUUACAGCUGGGGACCUCGAGAGGCAUUGGAAUCAUCAAAGACAAAAGGCAGUGGAAGGAAGAGCAAAACUCCUGUACAGCUGGAUUUAGGAGGCAUGCUGGCAGCACUGGAGCAGAAACAACACAUGGAUAAAACCAAACCUUCUACUAAGCCAGUCAUCUUAUCUGUUGGUGGUGGUGUUCCUGUGCUAUCCAGAGAGCCCAACAAUACACCUAAGAACCCUCAGGCAAAGCAAGGCCAAGCUCCUCACAAUCCUCUUGAUUCUAGUGCUCCUCUGGUCAAGAAAGGAAAGCAGCGAGAGGUGCCCAAAGCCAAAAAACCAACUUCCCUGAAAAAGAUUAUUUUGAAAGAAAGAGAACAGAAGAAACAGCAGCAGCCUUCUGUGUCCCAGGAUGAGGGAACAGUAGAGUGCGAGGAUGUGUCUGAACAGUCUUUUGGUUCUUCAAGUUCGGGAGAUCUGGAGAAGGAAAUUGAGCCGAAUGGUGGUUGCUCUGCUUCAACAAAUGAAUAUUCAAAAAAUCUUUAUGAUACCACCAGUAUUGUUCCUGUUCAUCAACCGAGUACCAACCUCCUAAAAAUUCAUAGUAGAAGAUUUAGAGAGUAUUGUAGCCAGGUUCUCAAUAAAGAAGUGGACAGUUGUGUGACAGAUCUCCUUAAGGAACUGGUUCGUUUUCAGGAUCGCUUGUACCUUAAAGAUCCAACCAAAGCAAAGACAAAAAGGCGUCUUGUGAUGGGAUUACGUGAGGUGUUGAAGCAUUUGAAACUGAAGAAAUUAAAAUGCAUAAUUAUUUCUCCCAAUUGUGAAAAGAUCCAGUCUAAAGGUGGGUUGGAUGACACCCUUCAGACAAUUAUUAGCUGUGCCUGCGAACAGAAUAUCCCUUUUGUGUUUGCACUCAAUCGCAAAGCUCUGGGCCGUUGUGUGAACAAAGCUGUCCCUGUUAGUGUGGUCGGGAUAUUCAGCUAUGAUGGAGCCCAGGAUCACUUCCAUAAAUUAUAUGAACUUACAUUGCAAGCUAGACAAGCAUAUCAGGACAUGGUUUGCUCAUUACAAGAGCAGCAGAAUGAAGAUACUGAAGAUGGAGAUAAAAUGGAAAGAGUCUUCGAAUACAGUCAGCAUAAACAUGUGGAGGUGCAUGCACAGUCCACAGCAGAUAAGGCACCAGAGUCAAGCUACAGUAAAGUGUGGAAGAGGAUGCUAGAAAAUGAAUACCCUCCCUACCCCCUUUGCCUUGAGGAAACUAUCUCCAACGACAUGUUUAAUUUCCAUUUAUCGUGA